CUCAUCAUGGGACACCGAAAACCCACAGGCAGGUAAAUCUGUACCUGCGCCGAGAAAGCUGGAGGAACAGCGCAACUCAGCUCACCGGUUCCUCUCUUGGUUUUCGCCAGUCAGACUUUGCGAAAGUUUUAUGCCAUUGCGUUUUGCGCGUGAACUGCUGGAGUCAAAAACGUUGGAUAUAUUUGAACACGAGGAGGACAUAACAGUCUGCAGAACUGACGAGACAUGGACUCCAACGGCGUUAGAGAUAAAAAAGUUUUGGAGGGUGACCAGGACCUGCAGUUCCUGAUGAACGGCGGAAAUCUUCUGAAAGUGCGCUCCGAGACGUGGAAAAAGACGCGCUACUACAAGCUGCAGGAGGACUGCAAGACCAUGUGGCACGAAUCCAAAAAGACACUGAAGACCAAACAGACAUUCUCUAUUGAGGACAUUGAGGAAGUCCGAACAGGUCGGCAUACAGAAAGUUUGAGGAAAAACACAAAGGAGGCAUUGGAGGGUCAAGUGUUCUCCAUCUUGUUUAAGGGUCGACAGAAAAACCUGGACCUGAUCGCCAGCACUGAGGAAGAAGCCAAGAAAUGGGUCAGCGGUUUGGAGAAAGUCAUCUCAAGCUUGAACAGCCUCAGUUCACAGCAGAAGACCGAGCACUGGAUCUACAGCUUCUUGCGGAAAGCAGACAAAAACCUGGACAACAAGAUGAGCCUGAAGGAGGUCAAGAGCUUUCUGAAAGACAUCAACAUUGAAGUGCACGAAGACUACGCUGAAAUGCUCUUUAAGAAAUGCGACGAAUCGAAUGGUGGAUUCCUGGAGGGAAACGAGAUUGAGCAUUUCUACAAGAUCCUGACAAAAAGAGAGGAGAUUGAUAUCAUUUAUGCGGAGUAUGCAAAAACAGAUGGUCUCAUGAGCGCUAAUGACCUGCUGAACUUUCUGCUGACUGAACAGAGAGAGGAAGCUUCCCAAAAUGAUGCCCUUCAACUCAUUGAGAAAUAUGAACUUGAUGAAAACGCCAAAACCAAACAGCAAAUGACCCAGGAUGGCUUCCUGAUGUACUUGAACCAGCCGGAGGGACUGAUCUUUAACCAGGCUCAUAAAAGUGUUUACCAGGACAUGAACCAGCCUCUCAGCCAUUACUUCAUCUCUUCCUCUCACAACACAUACUUGAUGGAGGACCAGCUCAAAGGACCCAGCAGCACUGAGGCCUACAUAAAAGCUUUGCUAAAGGGCUGCCGCUGCGUGGAGCUGGACUGCUGGGAUGGAUCAGACGAAGAGCCAGUCAUUUACCAUGGAUAUACUCUCACUUCAAAGAUCCUCUUCAAAGAUGUGAUUAAAGCCAUUAAAGAAUAUGCCUUCAAGACAUCCGAGUACCCAGUGAUCCUGUCUUUGGAGAACCACUGCGGUGUGGAGCAGCAGAAGAUCAUGGCUCAGCACCUGAUCUCCAUCCUAGGCAGCGCACUGGUCACCAAACCCCUUGGAGAUCAGAUGCCCACAUGCCUGCCUGCGCCAGAGGAACUCAAAGGCCGGUUCAUUGUCAAAGGGAAGAGACUUGACAAACUGGAAAACGCAUUUUCUGAUGAGUCCAAGAUGGCAGAUGAAGAAAGUGUGUCAGAGGAAGAAGACGAUGAAGGUGACGAAGAAAACAACGAAAAGAAGUCUGGCUCGCUGAAGCUGGCGAAGGAGCUUUCUGACAUUGUGAUCUACUGCAAGAGUGUGCCCUUCCAUGGGUUCGAGGAUUCCCGGGAAAAGCAGUCUUUUUAUGAGAUGGCCUCCUUCAAAGAGGGGAAAGCUGUGAAACUAGCGGAGGAGUCAGCAACUGAAUAUAUCCGUCACAACACUGACAAGCUCAGCAGGAUUUACCCAGGAGGAAUGAGGACAGACUCAUCCAACUAUAACCCUGUGCCCAUGUGGAAUGCAGGCUGUCAGAUAGUGGCUCUGAACUUCCAGACGCCGUGUUUAGAGAUGGAUCUGAACCAGGGACUCUUUUAUCAAAAUGGACGGAGCGGUUACAUCCUAAAACCUUCUUACCUGCGAGAGAGGGACAGUGAGUUUGACCCUAUCACUCUCACCAAGGGCCCGUGGCUGAAGACAAAGACUCUUCAUUUGAUGGUGAUCACAGCCCAGCAGUUGCCCAAAGUGAGCAAGAGAGAGUCCGCCAUUGUCGACCCCAUUGUGAAGGUGCAGGUGUACGGUGUGCCUGCUGAUACAACAACUAUACAAACAUCCUACAUUAAGAACAAUGGUUUUAACCCCAUGUGGAAUGAAAACUUCGAGCUGGAGGUGUGUGUGCCAGAUCUGGCCCUGGUGCGUUUCUUGAUUGAGGACUACGACAUCACAUCGAACAACGAGUUCAUCGGCCAGUACACGCUGCCCUUCAACAGCUUGAAGAACGGAUAUCGUCACAUGCCUCUGCUCACUCAGGACGGAAACCUGCUUUCCUCGGCCAGGCUGUUCGUUCACAUCAUGGUUACGGAUACAGAAUAACACACACAUACACACACAGCUUCUCUUCUGUAUCCGAGAUCAUCGAAAAACAUCUGCUCUGCAAAAAACCUAUGAGGUAGCUUGAGGGAUUUUAAUAGGCUAACGUAAAGUUCAUACUACAACUAUUUUGAAGUUGUUAAAUGAUGGUCUCACAUUUAAUAUUCACUUUUUUUAUAUUUGUAAAAUAUGAUACAUUUUAGUAUGCUCAUUUACAUAUUUCGUAUUUAGUAUUUAGUAUUCCAUAGUGGCAAAGAUGCAUUCAGGGCAUUAAUUGUCAGUGUGUUCACUUUUAAUCUUAGUCAAACAGCAGUUGUUGUUGUUGUUGUUGGUGUUUUUUAAUAGAUAUACCAGUUUUAGCAGAGGAACAAUUGUAUAGAGUAGACUAACAAAUACACAGGAGCACUUCUUUAGUUUUGAAACCUGCAUUCGUUUUUAUCUUUGUCUUUUAAGUAGUUGCAUACUAUUGUUUGUUGUAUUAAAUGUGGUUCUCCAUACUGUCCCAUAACAUCAGCCAUUCUGAUGAACACAUUGCCAACUGUAUACAUCUCUAUAAAACAGAAAUAAAGAUAAAUUAUUCAAAA